AAAUUUCAGAUGUUCCGUUUAUUAUUAUUAUUAAUAACUGGUUUUCCAAUUGUCGUAUUUUGUGCAUUUGGUGGUUUGGUAGGACGAUUGCAAAGUGUUGGUGUUAAAGGUACAUUAACCUGUAACGGAUUACCUGCUUCUCGAGUACUUAUCAAAUUAUAUGAUGAUGAUAGAGGACUUGACAUGGAUGAUUUCAUGGGUGAAACGAGAACCGAUUCGAAGGGAAACUUUGAGCUUUCUGGUUACAUUCAUGAAAUGUCGCCAAUUGAUCCAAAAAUUAACAUUUAUCAUGACUGCAAUGAUGGAAUUAAGCCGUGUCAAAGGAAAAUAAGUAUUAUGAUACCCGAUGGAUAUAUCACAGAAGGCAAAAAUACCGAAAAAAUGGUACAAUGCGGGCACAAUGGAACUGGCUGGGAAAUAUGUUGGAGAAACUCGCGAUUGUAUACAUUAAGAAAAUAUUGAUACAGGUGUGUUAUGCUAAGUGAAAUGACUCAGUGAUUUAAAUGUAAUCAUUGAUUUAAGUGUAAUCACUUUGGUCAGAUUCGAAUUUUACAAGAAAGUAUGGCAGUUUGGUAAAAACAACAGUAGCAGUAGAUAUUAUUUAUUCCAUCACUCUUCACCAAGACAUAUGAAGUAUAUCCAACAAUUUGUAUUUUCAAAUCUAAUCUCUUAUAAGCCUAUUUAAAAAAGCAUGCUUUUAAUUUUAAAGAAUAUUUUCCUUGUAAUUAUUAAAUAUGAGAAAAACUAAUGAAUAUAUUAUCAUGUUCACUUAUUAAUUUGGAUAUCAGAUGAUCAUCCUCACAAUCGUUGACCUUAACAAACCAUUGAUCGCAGGAAUCCGAUAAUCCUUGGUAUAAUGAAUGAAAAAAUGCAAUGAAACUGAUGAC